AUGUCGUGGCAAGCAUACACAGACAACUUAGUUGCAACCGGUAAGAUCGACAAGGCCGCCUUAUACUCCCGUGCUGGAGACUCCUUAUGGGCCCAAUCGUCCAGCUUUGAAUUGCAGUCGUCUGAGAUCACCGGGAUUGCUCAAGGUUUUGACGAUGCUUCCAACUUACAAGCCCACGGUUUGCAUGUCCAAGGUCAAAAGUACUUCUUGUUGAGAGCUGACGACAGAUCUAUCUACGGUAAGUUCGAAGCCGAAGGUGUCGUUGCUGUCAGAACCAAGCAAGCCAUUUUGGUUGCCCACUACCCUGCCGGGGUUGUUGCUGGUGAAGCCACCACUGUUGUGGAGAAGGUGGCUGACUACUUGAUCAGCGUUGGCUACUAA